UCCGAGGAUACGCAUUCUGGGAAACAAUCAAGGCAGCUUACUUUUCUUCUUCUCUUCAGCAACGGCCAAGUCCUCUGUCGCUGCUGGCGCUGCCUCUGGACCGGUCUCUGCAGUGCAGUCUUCGCUUUCUGACAUCUUGGGUGACCCAUUGUUCGCUUGUCACAUUAUUGGCCGGUACACCCAAAGCGAAGACAACUUCAGCCAAACAUGUCUGCUCCAUCAAAGAUUGGAAGACUUUCGAUGCGGGGUACCGUCCUCCUUCUCUGUGAUAUGCAGGAGAAGUUCCGCCCAAACAUUGUCCACUUUGGAGAGAUUGUGUCCAACGCAGCGAGGCUUCUGCAGGCUUUUCGAAUACUGGGGCUUCCUCAUCUAGCAACUGAACAGUACCCUCGAGGUCUUGGUCCAACCGUGCCUGAGCUUGGGGCACAAGGCGUUCCGACUUUCUCCAAGACCACUUUCUCAAUGUUGACUCCUGAGGUUGAAGCAGAGUUGAGCCGUGUUCCAGAUCUCAAAAGAGCAAUCCUGUGUGGAAUCGAGGCCCAGGCGUGCAUUGCGUGUACAGCGCUUGACCUGAUGGAGAGAGGCUUGCAAGUCCAUCUGGUGGCAGACGCCUGUUCCUCACGAACUCAGGUGGACCAGAUGAUCGCCAUGACCAUGCUGAAACAGAACGGAGCCUUUCUCACCACAGUCGAGGGUGCCAUGCUGCAGCUCGUGCGGGACGCGGCUCACCCCAAUUUUAAAGAGAUUCAGCAGCUGAUCACUAAGCCUUCGGCGGACACUGGCCUUCUCUCAUUUUUUCAGAGCCCCCUGUCUGGAUGAGCUGCUCGUCUGUUAAACUGUCUUCUGUUUAAAUGUUAGCCAAAAUAAAUGUCCUGUGGGCAAAGUGGAUGACA